AUGGCGGCUCCCAUGGUGGCCGCGCCGCUCGCUCCUCCACGCCCGCCAUCGCAAGCGUCACCUACGGCAGGUCCCUCCGAAACUACGCCUAAGCCAUCAGCGAGGCCAGGUCCGCAGACCGCGCCCGGAACGCUCAACGGGCCACCAUCAGGCAACAACCAUGCCAUUCCACUGUCCGCCCGACGAGCAGAGCCACUCGAUCUGAAGACUGUCGAGCGGCGAGGUCAGCCGAACAUGGCGCCCGAGAUAACGCAGCGCCCAAGACCGUUCGGUAUCCCCGAGGCGCCGACAUUCAGACCAACCGAAGAAGAGUUUCGCGAUCCGAUGGAGUACAUUCGCAAGAUUGCUCCAGAGGGCAGUAAAUAUGGGAUUGCGAAGAUCAUUCCACCGGACAGCUGGAACCCACCCUUUGCGAUUAACACUGAGCGCUUCCACUUCCGAACCCGACGUCAAGAGCUGAGUUCAGUCGAAGGUGGAAACCGUGUCAACAACGACUACCUCGACCAGCUUGCCAAAUUUCACAAGCAGAACGGACAGAAUCUGAAUCGCUUUCCUAGUGUGGACAAGCGACCGCUCGAUCUAUACCGCUUGAAAAAAACGGUUGAGCGCAAGGGCGGAUUCGAGGCUGUUUGCAAGGGCAAGAGAUGGGCCGAAGUAGGGAGAGAUCUGGGUUACAGUGGCAAGAUUAUGUCUUCACUGUCAACGUCGCUCAAGAAUUCGUAUCAGAAAUGGCUUCUACCGUACGAAGAAUACUUGAGGGUUGCUAGACCGGGUGUUCACCAACAACUCGAGAUGAUCAACGGCGGUCCCUACACACCGUCGCCCGGCCCUUCACCCGCCAAGAAGAUUUACUCGGACACGCCACCUGGAAUGAACCAAGACACACCAACGAUGAAGGCGACAGCUGCACUAAACUCAUCUAUCAAUGGCUCUCACUCUCAGCCACCACCUCCGCUGUCCAACGAAUCAUCACGAGGCCCCCCGGCACCGGCACCUCCCAUUACUGGUGGAUUCACUCCUGUCAAUGCUGGAGGCUUCACAGCCGUCAAUUCUAUGACUCCAUCGAAUUCAUUCACGUCUGUCAACGGAUAUCACUCGAGUAAUGCUACGCCCCAGCGGCCUACCGAGACGCCACCGACCAGUAACGGACCUUCGCAUCUCGCGCCAUAUCAGAAUGGCUUGUCAUCACUCAAGCGACAGCACAGCGACAGUAUUCUAUCACCCGAGGACAUCGACGCUAUCAAUCGACGGUCAAAGCGCCUGCGAAAGGAUGUGCCAAUCGUAGCAGGCAGCAACAUGCAUCAUUCCCGGAUGGCGGCCGCUCGUUUCCAGCCCAAGCAGGAUCGCGGAAGCUACAGGCUUGGCGAAAUGUGCGAGAACUGCGGCAAGUCGGAGGAUGCGCCCAGGCUGGUCAACUGCCAGAGCUGUGAUGCUGCCUACCACAUGUAUUGCCUGGAGCCCCCUCUCAAGCAACCACCGGACUACGAAUGGCAUUGUCCGAGAUGCCUUGUCGGUACGAACGAGUAUGGCUUCGAGGAAGGAGACGUUUACUCACUGUCGGGAUUCCAACGGAGGGCGCAAGAGUUCCGGACAUACCACUUCAACAGUCUGCCUCAGCAAUACAGUCCCUUCAACGACUUCAAACGUGAGCUGACUGAGUAUGACGUUGAGCGUGAAUUCUGGAGGCUGGUGGAGAACAUGAACGACUCUACAGAAGUUGAGUAUGGCGCCGACGUACAUUCCACUACACACGGCAGUGGCUUUCCCACAAUCGAAAAGCAACCACGAGAUCCAUACUCCACGGAUCCUUGGAACCUCAACAUCCUGCCUCUGGAUAAGGAAUCCAUGUUCCGGCACAUCAAGUCCGACAUUUCGGGCAUGACGGUGCCGUGGCUGUACGUUGGAAUGGUAUUUUCGACGUUCUGCUGGCACAAUGAAGACCACUUCGCCUACUCUGCCAACUAUCAGCAUUUCGGUCAGACAAAGACGUGGUAUGGCAUCCCCGCUGAAGAUACCGAGAAGUUUGAGCACGCCAUGCGACAGGAGAUUCCAGAGCUCUUCGAGACCCAGCCGGACCUUCUGUUCCAGCUUGUGACACUUGCGAAGCCCGACAAGCUCCGAGCCGCCGGAGUCAGGGUGUUCGCCCUCGAUCAACGCGCUGGCCAAUUCGUCAUUACGUUCCCGCAAGCGUACCAUGCCGGCUUCAACCAUGGCUUCAACUUCAACGAGGCUGUCAACUUUGCACCGCAAGACUGGGAGCCUUUUGGUGAAGCUGGCGCAAAGCGAAUGAGAGACUACAGGAAGCAGCCAUGCUUUUCUCACGAUGAGCUGCUCCUCUCCGCGGCAUCUCGGGACCACACCAUUCGGACUGCGAAAUGGCUUGCGCCAGCUAUGGAGCGCAUGCGAGAUGCUGAGCUUGCUGCACGGAGCCACUUCAUUUCAGGACCGGAUGCAGACUCUCCGAACGCUCCAGACGAGGUGUACCUUGGCCCUCGGUACGAGUCGAAGCCUGAGAUCAUUGAUACCGAGACAGAAGAGGAUGAGGUGAACUGCAUGUUCUGCAAGUGUUAUUGCUAUCUGUCUCGAUUCAAGUGCCUGAAGUCUGGGAAAUACCUAUGUCCGCGGCACGCCGGCAGCUUUGAGUGCUGUGAUGGUCUGGAGCAUGAACGCUACACUGGUCGAGAUGGCACCCACACGAUGUUUUACCGGAUGACAGACGAGGCUCUGAAGAAGACGGUGAGCAAAGUCGUGGACAAGGCGAACAUACCGGAGACCUGGGCAGCUAAAGUUGACAGCGAGCUGGACGAUAACCCGCGACCGUCGCUGAAGCAUCUUCGCACACUGCUGACCGAAGGAGAGAAAAUUCAGUACGAGCUGCCGCAAUUACCGGAUCUGCGUCGCUUCGUGGAGAGGUGCAAUGAGUGGGUCGAGGAGGCCACUAACUACAUCACCCGCAAGCAGCAGAACCGGCGGAAGAACGAGAAAGCUUGGCGCAAGAACACCGCGAAACAGCAGGAGAUGGAGGAGCGGGACAAGGAACUCCGCAACGUCGACAACAUCCACCGGCUGCUUGCCUCUGCCGACGAGAUCUCGUUUGACUGCGCUGAGAUUAACACCCUCCGUGAUCGUGCCGAGAACAUCAAGGAGUUCCGCCGUGAAGCCAAUUUGGCUUUGAGCGACCUCUCCAGCAAGACCACCACGGAGUUCAAAGAACUGGUGGAACGCGGACGCGACUUCCAUGUCGACAUUCCGGAGAUCGAGCACCUGGAGGCCGUCGUGAGGAGACUUCAGUGGAACGAGACAGUACAAGACAUGAAGCCGAACCUUACUUCGAAGCGGCAGGAGCACACUCUUGACGAGAUCGAGAAGUUCAUCGCGCUUGGCAAGGAAGUAGGUGUGCCGGACACCAACGAGGACCUGAAAUACUUCGACGAACACAGAGCCCAGGGAGAGCUGUGGGAAGAGAAGGCAAAACAAGUGAUGGCAGCCGACCAGGUACACUAUCAGCAGCUUGACUCGCUUUCAGCGCAAGCCUUCUCUCUUGCUGUACGUGCGGAGACGCGGGCUGCUGUCGACGCCAUCUUGAAGAAGCAGCGUGAAGUUCAGGAGAAGAUUAUGUCUCUGGUCGAACGGAGCAAAGAAGCCGAUUUCCGCCAGCGGCCCAAUUACAAGGAAGUCAAGGACGUUAUGGACGCCAUUGAAGAACUUCAGAGCAAGCCAAGCGGCACGAUUGACCUGGAAAAGGAGCAACGCCGGCAUGAAGACUGGAUGCGCCGCGGAAAAAAGCUCUUCGGCAAAGCCAACGCCCCACUUCAUAUCCUGCUACAACACAUGAAGCUGGUUCGCGAGCGCAAUGAAGCCUGCUUCGAAAUCUCGGACAAGCCUAGGGCGCCUGCCGAGCCAUCGUCGCGUCAGGUCACCCCGGUGGACGGCAUGCCGAUCUCAGACGGAAGCAACUCUAGCAGAGAUGUAUUCUGCAUCUGUCGCAAGCCGGAAGCUGGAAUGAUGAUUGAGUGUGAGGUCUGUCAUGAGUGGUAUCACGGCAAGUGUCUCAAGAUUGCGCGAGGAAAGGUGAAGGAGGAUGAUAAGUACACCUGCCCGAUCUGCGACUGGCGCAUGAAGAUUCCGCGUGAUGCUGUUCGUCCCAAGCUUGAGGACUUGCAAGCUUGGGCUGAUGAUCUGGAGACCCUACCGUUUCAACCAGAUGAAGAGGAGACGCUCGUGGAGAUUUGCGAUCAUGCGCAGAACUACAGGGCGUACAUCAAGCCGAUCAUCCAUUCAGAUGUGCCGACUUCGCCGGAAGAGGUGCCAACGAUGCGCUUCCACCUGCGCAAGAUCGAGGGCGCCGAUAUCUUGUUGGCCGAAGAGACGAACUUCCUCAAGAGCGAGCUGCACAAGUGGGCUCCUGUGGCGCCGGAGCCACCGCCUCUCAAGGACCAUUCGCAAUCGACCCGUAAACCACGACCGACCAAGGAACAGAAGCUCAUGGCGUCUCUCGGCAUCACCAAGAGGGAAGACCUGCCACCGCAGUACAAGAUCAAGCCUGGAAUCGCCAAGAGGAAGGCAUCGGAGGCGGUCACCAAGGGACAGGUGCCACUUCAGCCUGCCGCCAACUCGGCGUCACCCAUCGAAACACCAGCUCCGCCCGCGCUGCCUGAGCAGGAAUCUGGCACUCCCGUCCCUCCUGUGCCUGCGAGUCAGAAACGCUUCCUCACGCCACUUGCGAUCCAUGUGCUGGAUAGCUUGUGUGAAGCGCCAGUUGUCUCGAAGCUGCUCACGGCGGAGCCUCACAUGAACCGUGACAAGCUUACGAAAGUGAAGAUUCUCCUCGAGACCGACCGCAGCGUUUGGGACGAUCUACCUCUAAUCACGAAGAAGAUGAAGGAGAUGCCGACGCCCAGUGCCCACACACCAGGCGCCUACGGUUACGACUCGAACGUCCCGCGCCCGUCGAGCAGCUCUGCUCACAGGGACUCACCACUGUUCCAGACGACGAACGACCCGUACCCGGCCGCCUCGGAAGCGCCUCGUCUGGCGUCUCCAGCACGAUUUGGCUCGCCGCCUGCUUUUCAGCCACAUAACUCGCCGCACCAUUCCUUCGACGGCAACAUGUUUGAGAAUCCAUCCGCCUCCAUUUUCGACAGCCCGGCGCAUGACAUGAAGCCCGCCGUCACUUCUCCAGGCGACUUUGGUGGCCCGAGCCGCAUGUUCGACAGCCCGAAGGUGUCUGCAUUCGCCAACGUGGGUUUGAACAGUCCUGGGUACGGGGGCAGCCAGCAGUCUGUCGGUAACAUCGACAACGUGUUUGCGGACCUUGUACACGACCACGAUGCGCUUGGUGGUUUUGAUGGAGUGCAAGACACGAAGGAGCAGCAGGAUCCCGGGCUUGACGUGCAGAUGGGCAGUUCUUCGAUGCCUACCUCGAGCGGUGCGCAGGAUGUCGCUAUGCCGGAUGCAAGCCAACCGGUGCCACACCCUCUGCAACAGCUCGCGGAGCAGAGCCUCGGUAUGGGUGCGUUCAUGGACGAGAAGGACUCGUGA